GUGUAUAUAAGACACAUAUCAGCACUGAUAAAGUAAUUACUAGCAAAAUGUCAUGUAUAUUAAUUAUUUUGUGCUUAAUUUCUGGAGUGUUUACUCAAUCAUGGGAACCCGGAAAAUGUCCUUCAAUAGACGUGGAACCAGUUGAUAUUUGUCGAGUAAGUGGAAGAUGGUUUGAGUACAAGAAGAGCUUUGAUGUUUAUGACCCUGAGGAGACAUGUGCGGAAAUGUUUUGGAAUAAUACUGACACGGUUGGGUCACAACUUAUUUUUACUUCUAUACCAAAAGAAACCAAAAAUUGCUUAAAGAUUAUUGCCGAUGCAACGUUAAAUGACAAUUCACUAUUUACCGAUUUCCAUAUACCAGUUUCGGCAAGCGUAAAGAUAUAUACUUAUAUUCUUGAGACAGAUUAUAAUGACUAUAUAAUUAUUUGGCGUUGUCAAAAUCGCGGAUCUAUGCAUGCUAUCACCUCUUGGGUUAAGUCACGAUAUGCAAAGCCACGCAUUGAUAUAGAUAAAAAAGUUAGAGAAGCAUUCCGAAAAAGAGGUCUCAAGAUUGUAUCAUUUGUAAAAAUGGAUCAAGAAAAUUGCCCUUAAAAACUUAUUUCGUUCUGAAAUAUAACACUGGUUACUAUAAGAUUGUAAAACAAUGAAUUUGUUCGUAAAAAUAACCAAAAAAUAACGAAAUUACAUUGUAUACAUAUUUUUUUUGCAACUCUUCAAAUAAAAAAUUAAAAAUUUGA